UGUAUUUCCAACAAAAGCAAGUAGUUGACAGUUGGAAAUACCUCGACAACAAGUGUAUGGUUAGACGCUGAAGCUUCGCAUAAAGAACAGAGGAAAAACCGAGGACAAAAAUAAAUAAAUAAAUAAAAAUAAAAUAAAGUAAGCAAAAGGAGCAGAUGGAGAAGGUUGGACUAAGAGGGCAGUUUGGGAAAGAUUGAUAACGAAGUCUUCCACCAACAACACCAACACCACAGUAUGGGGAUUUGGGUCAGUAAGCUAGAGCAGUGAAGAAGAAGGAAAAUGAUAGUGCAAUACUGCUACUGCUACUAGUAGAAGAACAGCUAGUUGUUGUUUUUUGUUGUUUUCGUUUUGGUCUGCCUUCUGGGUAUUUUUCUUCUUUCUUUUUAAAACCACGCCUAAACCCCGCCUAAUAUACCCACUUUCCCAUUUCUCCGAACACACCCUUUUUGAUGUUACUUUUUCUCUCUUCUCUUUGCUUCAUCAUUUUCUUCAUCCAAAUCCCAGAUGAUCAGAGAAUGAGACUAAGUUUCCAGGAAAAAUAACAUUUUUUUUUUUUUUCUGUUUACCAAUCUCUAUCUUCUUGUUUUUCUUUUGGGUAUCUGUUUUGUAUUUUUGAUUAAUGGAAGCAUCAGAGAAUUGUUGCGUCAAAGUUGCUGUUCACAUUCGCCCGCUUAUCGGCGAUGAACGCCUCCAAGGUUGUAAGGAAUGUGUUACUGUAACCAACGGAAAGCCGCAGAUACAAAUUGGCACACAUUCCUUUACAUUUGACCAUGUCUACGGAAGCAAUGGAGCACCAUCAUCUUCCAUGUUUGAAGAAUGCAUUGCUCCUCUUGUUGAUGGUUUAUUCCAAGGAUACAAUGCUACAGUUCUCGCUUAUGGUCAGACUGGGUCGGGGAAAACAUAUACCAUGGGGACUGGUUCAAAGGAUGGUUGCCAGAAAGGGCUGAUUCCUCAAGUUAUGAAUGCACUGUUCAACAAGAUUGAAUUAUUGAAGCAUCAAACUGAAUUCCAUUUGCACGUUUCCUUCAUUGAGAUUCUGAAAGAAGAAGUAAGAGACUUGUUGGAUUCUGUUUCUGUGAACAAAGUGGAGACUCCUAACGGACAUGCUGGGAAGGUUACUACUCCAGGGAGGCAGCUAAUACAAAUUCGUGAAACUUCUAAUGGAGCCAUAACAUUAGCAGGAUCAACUGAAGUUUCUGUUAGUACAUUACAAGAAAUGGCUAGUUGCUUGGAGCAAGGGUCUUUAAGCAGAGCGACAGGAAGCACAAAUAUGAACAACCAGUCCAGUCGAUCACAUGCCAUCUUCACAAUCACAUUAGAACAGAUGCGAAAAAUCAAUUCAGUUUUUCCUGGGAAUGACACUCUAGAUGAGGAUAUGGGUGAAGAGUAUUUUUGUGCAAAGCUCCAUUUGGUAGAUCUUGCUGGUUCUGAGAGAGCAAAAAGGACAGGCUCUGAUGGUCUUCGUCUCAAAGAAGGUAUACAUAUUAAUAGGGGACUUCUUGCUCUUGGUAAUGUCAUCAGUGCCUUGGGUGAUGAGAAAAAACGAAAAGAGGGUCUUCAUGUCCCUUAUCGAGAUAGUAAACUCACUCGACUCUUGCAGGAUUCACUUGGUGGGAACAGCAAGACUGUUAUGAUAGCUUGCAUCAGUCCUGCUGAUAUCAAUGCUGAGGAAAGUCUUAACACUCUUAAAUAUGCAAAUCGGGCUCGCAAUAUCCAGAAUAAGCCUGUCGUUAAUAGAGAUUUGAUAUCCAAUGAGAUGCAACUGAUGCGACAGCAGCUAAAAUACUUACAAGCAGAGCUAUGUGCUCGUGGAGGAGUAUCUCCAUCGGAUGAAGUGCAAUUUCUUAAGGAAAGAAUUGCUUGUCUUGAGGCAACCAAUGAGGACCUUUCUCGAGAACUUCAUGAAUAUCGCAGCAGAUGCGCUAUAGUGGAGCAGUUUGAAUCAGAUACUCAAGAAGGCCUUGUUUGUUUUAGAAAAGUUGAUGGACUUAAGAGGGGUUUUCAUAGCGUGGAUUCACCUGAUUAUCGGGUGGUUGAAACUGUGUCAGCGGAAGAUUCCAGAGAAAUUGAUGAAGCAGCAAAAGAGUGGGAGCAUGAAGUUUUGCAGAGUACUAUGGAUAAGGAGUUAAAUGAGUUAAACAAACGUUUAGAGCAGAAGGAGUCUGAGAUGAGACUCUUUGGAGGGGUUGACACUGAAACACUCAAACAGCAUUUUGGCAAGAAAAUUUUGGAACUUGAGGAAGAGAAAAGAAUAGUUCAGCAAGAGAGGGACCGUUUGUUGGUUGAAGUUGAAAGUCUUUCUGCUAAUUCUGAUGGACAGUCGCAGAAAGUGCGCGAUAUUCAUUCACAAAAAUUAAAAUCUCUUGAAUCCCAGAUUUUAGAUCUUAAGAAGAAGCGAGAAAGCCAGGUGCAACUUUCAAAGGAAAAGCAAAAAAGUGAUGAAGCAGCCAAGCGGCUCCAAGCUGAAAUUCAGUAUAUUAAGGCUCAAAAGGUUCAAUUGCAGCACAGAAUAAAGCAAGAGGCUGAACAAUUUCGACAAUGGAAGGCCUCUCGUGAAAAGGAAUUGCUGCAGCUAAAGAAGGAGGGAAGGAAAAAUGAGUAUGAACGGCAUAAACUUGAAUCUCUGAAUCAGCGCCAAAAGAUGGUUCUUCAGAGAAAGACAGAAGAGGCAGCACUUGCUACCAAACGGCUGAAGGCAUUGUUGGAAGCCCGCAAGUCCUCUGUACGUGACAGCUCAGUUAAUUUCAGUGGACAUGCUACAGCUGGCCAGAGCAAUGAAAAGUCUUUACAAAAGUGGCUUGAUCAUGAGGUAGAAGUCAUGGUGAAUAUACAUGAAGUUCGUUUUGAAUAUGAGAGGCAAAAGCAAGUACGCGCUGCAUUGGCAAAAGAGCUUGCGGUAUUGAAACAGGUAGAUCAGUUUUCUUUGGAAGGAGAGAGUCCCCCAAGAGGAAAGAAUGGACAUUCCAGAGUAUUAUCCAUGUCACCGGAUGCAAGAAUGGCAAGAAUAGGCUCUCUUGAGAACAUGCUGAACAUGUCUUCGAAUGCACUCAUGGCAAUGGCUUCACAGCUUUCAGAGGCAGAAGAAAGAGAACGUUCUUUAGCUGGCCGUGGACGUUGGAACCAGUUGCGUUCAAUGGGAGAUGCUAAGAAUUUGCUCCAACACAUGUUUAAUACCACUGUAGAAGCAAGGUGCCAUUUGUGGGAGAAGAACAUGGAAAUUAAGGAUAUGAAAGAUCAAGUAAAUGAGCUUAUCACCCUUCUUCGAAAAAGUGAAGCUCAGAGAAAAGAACUUGUGAGGGAUCAAAAAGCAAGGGAGCAAGCUGUGGCCAUUGCCUUGGGAACGUCACCUUCAGGGAAUUCUCGCACGUCGCUAAAACACUUUGCAGAUGAUACAAGUGGUCCCUUGUCUCCAGUGUCAGUUCCGGUACCAAAGCAGCUGAAAUUCACACCUGGGAUUGUUAAUGGGUCGGUUAGGGAGUCAGAAACAUUUCUAAACCAGACGCAGAAGAUGGUGCCAAUUGGACAAUUAUCAAUGAAGAAACUAGCAGCUGUAAGCCAGGCUGGGAAACUUUGGAGGUGGAAAAGAAGUCACCACCAGUGGUUGCUGCAGUUCAAAUGGAAGUGGCAAAAGCCAUGGAGACUCUCAGAAUGGAUCAAGCACAGUGAUGAGACAAUAAUUAGAUCAAGGCCUCGCCUGCAGGCUUCGAUUGAUGUCAUAUGAUAACAACUCAUGAUGCACCAGCAAUCUUUUUGUUGUACAUACAGAGUACAGCCAUUUAGGACCCACCAUAGGUUUUGAUAAAAAACAAAGAACAAAAAAUUGCAGGUAAAUUAUACUCCUGUUGGUUUUGAUAUUUGCUAAAUUUUGUAUGAAAAAAAAAAAAAAAAAAAUCAUAAAAAUGGAAUUCAAUAGGAGUUAUCUGUAAAUUUUUUAUAAACAAGGUGUAUCUGCAAAAUUUUGCGAAACAAAUGGAAAGUUAAUGUUAUUUGCCUAAUAUUUGCCAAA